GUUUUGUCUGACUUGCGGUAAACAAAUUUGAUGAAAAUGGACACUAAAUGUAAACGAGCAAAGUGGACCGCUGACCAGCUUGUGGCAGCUUUAGCAGCAUUCAGAAAUGGCAUGCCAGUUGCAGCAGUUGCGCGUGAGUACAAUAUACCACGACGGACAUUGCGAAACCAUAUUUUGUCCGGAAGUAGCGAGAAAAAACUUGGAAGACGUGCGUUACUUACAGAUCAAGAAGAAAGCCUAUUAUGCAAUCGUAUUUUCAGGUUAGGAGAGGUAGGGGUACCGUUAAAUGCACAACUUUUAAGAAGGAGCGUAUAUUCGUUUUGCGAGUUGAAUUCUAUCAACCAUCCAUUCAAUAAGAAUUCCCAAAUGGCUGGUAAAAAGUGGUUAAAGUUAUUUCUUCAACGACACCCAGACAUUUCAAAAAGGAAGGCCCAAGCAAUGAAUGCAGGUAGAGCAGCUAAACUUAACAAAGUCAUUGUUGGUGAUUACUUUGUUAAAUUACGUGAAAUAUUAGAGGCACAUAAUCUUGUAGGUCAUCCGGAAAAAAUCUACAACAUUGACGAAAAGGGCUGUCGUUUGACAUUACACAAGCAGCAACAGGUAUAUGGCAGAAAGGGGAAUAAGAGAGUUCAUCUCGUUGCACCGGAGCAUGCACAAAAUGUUACAAUUGUUGCUUGUGGUAAUGCAAUCGGCCAGGCUAUCCCUCCUAUGAUUCUUUUUAAAGGAAAACGCUGCAAGCCAGAGUGGGAAGAAAACAUGCCUGCAGGAACAGUUAUUGAAAUGACUGACAAAGGCUCUAUGACAUGCGAGGUAUUUGCUAAGUGGGUAACCCAUCUCUCAAAAUUCAAGGCCCCUGGGAAAAUACUUUUAAUAUUUGAUGGAGCGAAGUCCCAUUUAGAUGCGAAUAUAGUGGAUGUAGCCGAACAGAACGACAUCAUCUUGUUUUGCCUUCCAUCCAACUGCACGCACGAGCUACAACCACUCGAUAAAUCUGUAUUCGGCCCUUUCGAAGACUAUUGGGAUAAAGAGCUUCUUAAUUUUUGGACCACGCAAGGCGACAGAACUUUAAACCGUGUAAGCUUUGGACUGAUUUUUUCAAAGGUAUGGGUAAAGUCAAUGACCCCUGCCAAUCUAAUUGCUGGGUUUAGAGGAACUGGGAUCUAUCCUUACGAUUGCAACAUUCUUCCUGAAGCAGCUUUCGCCCCAUCUGAACUGACAUACACCGAACCCGAUGCAACUGUGGCUAGCGAAGACAAAGUUGACAAUGUAAGUGCAAGCAUUGUUAGUUCUAGCAACGAGCCAUCUGAUCGCGGAGUAUUGAACACUUUUCCAAACAAUGAUGGACGUUUAACAUUCCACGAUAUACUGGCAACACCUAAAUUGAAAAAAUCUACAACACCAAGAUGCCAAGCAAUAAAUUCACGAGCUCAACGUAUUGUAAAAUCAUUGUUUCAGACCAAACGACAAACAGUUCCCGGAAAAUGUCCAAAGAAGAUAACUGAACCAAGAAAGGAAAUAAAACGAGCAGCUUCUCGGACACCAAGAUAUAAGAAUCGCACGGCUCCUCAGGCUGGAUCUAGUGGGAUAACAAAACAUCAUCAUGUAAAAGAGGAUUGUGCAGGCGGUCGCCCGGCGCAGAGCAGCCCGCCAGGGGUCCAGGCGGGCAGCAUGGGCAAGCUGCCCGACUCGCUGGACCUGGCGCUCAGCUCGCGCUACCGCCACGACCAGGCCAUCUUCCCCGAGAAGACGGACGUCUACCUGCAGCCCGUUACGACGAGCGUCUGGAAGCCCGUCAGGACCAGCCCGCAGCCCAAGUUCGUGCGCCUGCAGGACUCGAUCGUGAGGGGCGGCGAGGCGCGGCGAGGCAGCCCGCACUCCGUCAAGCUCGCGCUGCCCGAGACCCACCUGCCGGCCACCGCGGCGGGCUACAGCCGCCAGACCGGCGGCGCCUUCUACGUCCUGUGAGGUGGCAGCAACCUGCUAGUCCGUGCGACCACCUGGCUGGGAAGAGACAGCAUCCUGCUAGUCCGUGCGACCACCUGGCUAGGAAGAGACAGCAUCCUGCUAGUCCGUGCGACCACCUGGCUAGGAAGUGACAGCAACCUGUUAGUCCGAGUGACAACCUGGCUAGGAUGAGACAGCAACCUGCUGGUCCGUGCGACAACCUGGCUAGGAAGACAGCAUCCUGCUAGUUCGUACGACAACCUGGCUAGAAAGAGACAGCAUCCUGCUAGUCUGUACGACCACCUGGCUAGGAAGAGACAGCAACAUGCUAGUCCAUUUUCUAGUAUCGUGAUAAAGCCAACACACGAACAUUUGCUUCCGCAACUAGUAUCUACCUGCCCAAAAUGUCUACCCACUUUCCCUUGGCAGAAGCUAUAAAAUAUAUUUAGACCUUCCUGAUGGUAAUCAUUUGUCUGCAUUUGAAGCCGAGAUUUAGGAUAUUUUGUAAAUAAAGUCAAACACCUACAACAACAGCUUUACAGUCUCUUAAUAAGGCACGUUAAAAGGAAAAAAAAAUUAGUAACAUCUUUUUUUAUUAUUUAAUAUUAAGAAAAUAUUGUAACACCAUGACACCAGAAACUAAAACUGACCGUUUUUUUUUUUAAAUACUGUGGCUUUAUUUAGAGCCAUCACGCCGAGAACAUAGCAACUAGGACUCAUAAGUAUCAUUUAAUAAUCAUUUUUUAACUCAUGUUUGCUUUACAGUCUAAAUUGUUCUGCGGAAGAAAUGAAAAUUAAAGAAUCUCGCGUCCAAAAAAGCAAAUGGAAAAACUGAACGUGACGUAGAUUGGAAAUGAAUAUGAAGGAAAUAAAAUUAAGUAAUAUUUA